UUGUAGAGAAAGGAGAGAAACGCAGUUUACUCAUUUAGUGAAGAGUCUGAAGACCGAAGACAAGAGUACAAGACUUGUCGGAAAAAUAUUGCAUAAUCGCCGGAGACAUUAUUUUCCGGCUAACCAGAACACAUGUUCCGUUGCUUGCAUAAUUACGUUCUAACAGUAUCAGAAUGUCGCUGUAUGAUAAAGCGUUUAUAAACAGCGAGCUCUCAAAACCCACCUCGAUAUUCGGUCUUAGGCUAUGGGUCGUCGUCGGAAUCUUCGUCGGAGUUAUCAUUGUUCUCCUACUGUUUCUUCUCUCCCUCUGUAUAACCUCUCGCCGACGAAACUCUCCGUCGAAUAAAAGAAAGAAGAAAUUUGAACAAACCCAAACCCUAACCCCCGCUGUGUCAAAGGAUAUACAAGAGAUCGUCCAUCAUGACGCAAUAGCGGCGGUGGAUCACCGUCCACCUGUGGCGGAGAUUCAAAUCGAUUUAGGGAAGUUGGAGCACCGGGUGGUUUUCUCCGAUCGGCAGUCGAGCGGUGAGAGUAGAGCAACAAGUAUCGAAACGCCGUCGUGUGGUGGUGGCAGUAGUGUGCCUUCUUUGCCCGAGGUUUCGCAUCUAGGAUGGGGCCGGUGGUACACGCUCCGGGAGCUUGAAGCGGCGACGAAUGGACUUUCCGAUGAAAAUGUUAUCGGAGAAGGUGGUUAUGGCAUCGUUUAUAGCGGUGUGUUGGGGGAUGAUACCCGUGUUGCAGUCAAAAACUUGUUAAAUAACAGGGGUCAAGCUGAGAGAGAGUUCAAAGUAGAGGUGGAUGCAAUCGGGCGUGUAAGACACAAAAAUCUUGUUCGCUUGCUAGGAUAUUGUGUUGAGGGAGCCUACAGGAUGCUCGUUUAUGAGUAUGUAGAUAACGGGAAUUUGGACCAAUGGCUUCACGGGGAGGUUGGAGAUGUUAGCCCGUUAACUUGGGCUAUCCGCAUGAACAUCAUUUUGGGAACCGCAAAAGGUUUGGCGUAUCUUCACGAGGGUCUCGAACCAAAAGUGGUCCAUCGGGACAUAAAAUCGAGCAACAUAUUAAUCGAUCGUCAAUGGAAUUCUAAAGUUUCCGAUUUUGGUCUUGCCAAGCUGUUAUGUUCCGAAAGCAGUUAUGUUACGACUCGUGUAAUGGGAACUUUCGGAUAUGUUGCACCAGAGUAUGCUUGCACGGGUAUGUUAAACGAGAAGAGUGAUGUAUAUAGCUUCGGGGUACUAAUUAUGGAGAUCAUUUCCGGAAGAAGUCCCGUUGAUUAUGCUCGACCUCAAGGAGAGGUGAAUUUAGUGGAAUGGUUGAAGACAAUGGUGGGAAACCGAAAAGCUGAAGAUGUGGUGGAUCCAAAGUUACCCGAAAUACCAUCUUCAAAAGCGUUAAAACGUAUACUUUUGGUUGCUCUUCGGUGUGUAGAUCCAGAUGCACAAAAAAGACCCAAAAUGGGACACGUUAUUCACAUGCUUGAGGCUGAUGACUUGCUCUUUCAUAGAGACGACAAUCGUAGUAGAUAAUAACUAUUGUUUUUUAUAUGUUUUAACUGUUUAAAGGCCUAAAGUUACAUCACUAUUGGACCACACAUAUGUAUGUAAUGUUAUUCAC